CUUAGUUUAUCGUGUCGUGCGAACUGAGUAAACACGGUUAAGUGUGUCGUGGGAAACCCGCCGAUGCCAGCCAACCGACACCUCCCAUGCAUUCCGACAGCCUAUCCCAUCACUUCCAAAGAAUGACGCAGAUAGUCUCGCACGCUAUCCGCCACACCCCUCGGCUGCAUCCUUCCCUCAAGCAAUCAGAGAAGGCUGCGGAGACUCGAAGUGACAAGAGAAGGAAACACCCCUCGCCAAAGCGCACCCGCUGAAAGGUUCUGAGCCUUAGCUCCUGAAAGAAACAUGGAGUCACACGUGAAGAUUAUACAACGGGACUGACGUCCAUCGCGGCCAAUAGUAGCCUCCUCAGCGGUGCGCCCGCCCACUCUUUGGACAGUUGGGUUUUCCUUUGGCCAAUCGCCGCCUGCGCGAGCUGGUUUCUCAGGCCGGGUCACGUUUCUGACGGUAUGAAGCCGGAGCUCGCCGGGGCGUGAGGGGACACGGAGGGGCGCUCGCCGAGAGAGGGCGCCCGUGAAGGCAGAGGGCAGUAUGCGAGUGGGCGAGGCAGGAUAACGGCCGCUAGCCCGCUUUCUUUCUUCUUUUUCUCCUCCUCUUCCUCCUUGUGUUUCUCCAGUGACGGAGCCUUGGAGGUCGGCCGUUUAAGUUGUACAACCUGCAGUGUCCGCGGCCCUGUUGGUGGGUCGCCUGGCCCUCCUUCCACUGCCGCUGUCAGCGCCGAUAUUGGAAGUAGGUGAGGGGAUGAUCGGAGCAGGGAGAGAGGAGGGCCCGCUCCGACCGGACCUCUGGCUUCCGUGAAAGUCCGGAGACGGGAAGAGGAGCGGAGCGUGAACGGAGAAACGGGCGGCUCAAGAUCCUUGGAAGGCGGUCGGAGCGAGAGCGGUUUCUAUAAUAUUUGAAGUUUGGACAUUGAGAACACUGUCAAUAUAUGGAUAUGGAAUGGAAAACAUUAGUACUGUACGACUGAUUACACUAGGGCCAAGUAUUCUUUGAACUCUGCUCUGGAAAAUCUUUUGGAUUCUCUGACAUUUGUGUGGCAGUUACUGGCAUUAAAAUUGUUUAUAAUAAGCAACUCUUUGAAAAUAGCAAGUGAUAAAGUUAUUGUAGAAAGCAUGGAUAUUCAAAUGGAGAAUGAACAAAAUUUGGAUAUUCUUCAGGAAGAUAUUGAGAUGAAUGGGGAAAUGAGUACAAAUGAUACCAAUGAAAAUUAUUCCAGUGAGCAUGAUUUCCAUAGCAAUGAGGGUGAAGAGAAUGAUAAAGAAACAGCUAUGAUUAUGGAAUCUUUUGACUACUAUAAAAGAAGUGAAUUGUCUUCUGAAUCUAAAACUCAGAAGGAAUUGAUAAAAACUUUGCAAGAACUAAAAGGACAUCUUCCUCCUCAUAAAAAGAUCAAAGGCAAAUCAAGUAUCCUGGCAACUCUGAAAUAUGCACUUAGGAGCAUUAAGCAAAUUAAAGCCAAUGAAGAAUAUUAUCAAUUGAUGAUGAAUAAUGAAAACUAUCUCUGUGAUCUUGAUAUAUUAUCUUGUACUGUGGAAGAUGUUAAAAACAUUACUACAGAAUACACCAUGAAGAAUGCAGAUAUGUUUGCUGUAGCUGUUUCUUUGGCUACUGGGAAAAUUUUGUACAUCUCUGAUCAGGCUGCCUGUAUCCUCCAUUGUAAGAAAGAUUUAUUUAAAAAUGCCAAAUUUGUGGAGUUUCUGGCACCUCAGGAUGUCAGUGUAUUCUAUAGCUCAACUAUACCAUAUAGAUUGCCAUCCUGGAGUAUUUGCAGUGGAGUUGAGUCUGCUACCCAAGAGUUCAUGAAGGAAAAAUCUUUCUUCUGCCGCUUCAGUGCAGAGAAAGUGAAUAUAAAUGAGAAUCACUACCAUCCAUUUCGUAUGACCCCAUACCUUAUUAAAAUACAAGAUGUAGAAGAUCAGCUUUGUUGUGUGUUGCUUGCAGAAAAGAUACACUCUGGUUAUGAAGCACCUAGAAUUCCUCCUAAUAAAAGAGUGUUUACAACCACCCAUACACCAAGUUGCUUAUUCCAAGAAGUAGAUGAAAGAGCUGUACCUCUGUUGGGAUACUUACCUCAGGAUUUAAUUGGAACUCCUGUUUUAGUACAUCUUCAUCCAAGUGACAGACCUUUAAUGCUAACAAUUCACAAAAAAAUACUUCAGUGUGGUGGACAACCAUUUGAUUAUUCACCAAUCAGAUUCUGUACUAGAAAUGGUGAAUACAUAACUCUGGAUACUAGCUGGUCCAGUUUCAUCAACCCAUGGAGUCGAAAGAUUUCAUUUAUAAUUGGAAGACACAAAGUUAGAACGAGCCCUUUGAAUGAAGAUGUGUUUGCACCUCAGCACACAGAAUUAAAAAUGCAACAUCCUAACAUUCAAGAACUUACAGAACAAAUACUAAAGUUAUUGCUGCAGCCUGUAUAUAAUAGUGGCUCUAGUGGCUAUGGAAGUUUGGGCAGCAAUGGAUCACAUGAGCACCUAAUGAGUGUGGCUUCAUCCAGUGACAGCAAUGGGAAUAAUAAUGAAGAUACUCAGAAGAUACACAAAAUUAAUUCUUCUCAAGAUAUUUGUAAAGAUGGAAAUGUGGACAGAAAUUAUCCCUACUUUGAUUCUAGAUUAAAGCUUGAAAGUCAGAAGAAAUCUUAUAGAGAGAAAUCCACUGACUACCAUGAUCAUACAAAAAGUAUCAUUCAUUCAUUUGAAAAUUAUGGUAUUGGGACUGCUUGUCAAAGGAGUCUGGUUACAAAAGAACUCACUUGGGAGGAACAAUCUGUAUAUUCAUAUCAACAGAUCAGCUGUUUAGAUAAUGUUAUCAGAUAUUUGGAAAGUUGCUGUGAGGCUGAUACUUUGCAGAAAAUAACUCGCCCUACACCAAAUACUGAUGUAGCACUGAAUACUGAUAUAUGCAGAGAGAAAAUAAAUGUUGAUACAACUAAAGCUUCGACAGAAAGGGGACAAUCAAAAACUCACAUAGGCCCUGCAGUAUUGGAGACAUCUGACACAUCCAGUGCUUCAGCUGUUGUUGGUGCCUGUUUAACUUCUUUGACUUUACCUGGAAAACCAGAGAGUGUAAUAUCUUUUACCAGUCAGUGCAGCUACAGCAGCACCAUAGUUCAUGUUGGAGAUAAAAAAACACAACCUGAAUUAGAAAUUAUAGAAGAUUGUCUGCCUGGGAUAAAAUCCACAAAGAAUCGAACUAUUGUUCUACAAUCUAACAGUUCACAAAAGAACAAGGAAAAAGCAAUAUUUAAGAAAUUGGGUCUUACAAAGGAAAUCCUUGCAGUACAUACUCAAAAAGAAGAGCAGAGUUUUCUGAAUAAGUGUAAAGAAAUCAAAAGGUUCCAUAUUUUUAAGUGUGCUUGCAGUUGCUACUUUCAGAAAAGACCCAAAGGAUGCCCAGGGGAACGUGAUAUGUGUGGACUACAACAUGGUUCUGGAAUAGCUUUUUCUUGGAAGAAAAUUGGGAAGAUAAAGAAAUGUAAACCAAAACGACACAAGCCACUUAGUUCUUCAGACAGUAUAACAUCUGGUAUCAAAUCCUUGCACAAAUUUAUUCUGCUUGGCCCAAAUAAUGCAGCCUGGUCUCCAUCAAAUACUUCACAAGCAAGUUAUCCAACCAUGCCUUUUCCUGCAGUUAUACCCACGUGUCCACUUCAAGUUUUUCCAUCUAAAGGAAUUACACCAGUGGGUCCUAAAGGUUCUCUGUCUUAUUUGAAUGAAACACAGGACUCAGGAGAACAUUGUCCUUUGCCAUUAUCUGAGUUUGUUGCACCCCUAGUGACUCCAGUAAUAGCACUUGUUCUCCCCAACUAUAUGUGUCCUCAGACAAACAAUAGUAUUCCUCAGGCAUCUUGUCCUAUUCCACCUGGCUUUUCUGCUCAGCCUUCUUUCUCUUCAGAAGCCUUGCUUACAACACCACCUUCAUUUGCUGCCUCAAACAAGUUCCCUGCUGAGGUAGCUUUUUCAGCACAACCAUUUUGUUAUAAUUCAGUAGCAGAUAAUAAAAAGAACCCUGUCAUAGACUGCCAAAAUGAGCUAUCCCGUUCCUGUACUCCACAGUCCCUGGGUCUACAAGAUCAGUCCUCAUCACCAUUGUUUCAGUCACAGUCCAGUUCUCCUUUACAACUGAAUCUUCUGCAAUUAGAAGAAACACCAAAAAUGAUGGGAAAUGGAAGUGCUGGUAUAGUGGGAAAUUAUGGAACUUUAACUGAUGGAGAGAUUACUAAUAAACAAUUGAGCAGAGAUGAUGGUGAAAGAAAAGCAUCCUGCACAGAAGACCCAAAUUCAGGCACUGGAUCUGCUUCAUCAGGAAAUAGUGCUUUAGCAGCCACUGAGUCUUUAGGAUGCGAAUCAAAUGGAUGUGGCGUGUCAGGCAGUGGAGCAGGAUGUAGUGGGACAAGUCAUACCAGCAACUAUUUUGGAAGUGGUAACUUCUCAGAAAACAAUCAUAAAACAAAAUGUUCACAAAUGGAAGAAGAGGUGCAGUUCAUUAAAUGUGUCCUCCAGGAUCCUCUUUGGCUGUUGAUGGCAAAUGCAGAUGAUACUGUUAUGAUGACUUACCAGAUACCAUCACGAAAUUUGGAAACUGUUUUGAAAGAUGACAGACUGAAACUGAAACAAAUGCAGAUGUUUCAGCCAGUAUUUACUGAGGAACAAAAAAAGGAAUUAUUUGAAGUUCAUCCAUGGAUUCAGAAAGGUGAACUCCCUCAGGCUCUUGCAAAUUCGGCAAUAUGGCUUCCUGAAUUUGAGAAUCAAGUGCUGAGUCUUUUCCAUUGCAAUGAACACCAUGUUGAGAAUAUGUAACAAGCAACUCUCCCCGCAACUGAUGAAAAACCAAAGAGCAUCAGAGAUGCCAGACUGAUAAUCCAAGCAGGGCCUUUGUAC